AUGCACGCCUCACUAGUUGUUCCUUGGCUCAGCCUAGGACUUGCGCUGGGUUCGCCAACCGACCGGACCAAACUCCCGGCAUGCAGUGCAAAGUACUGCCCUUGCCUGUGUCCAACCGGAAGCACCUUCAAGAAUCUUACUUCCUUUGGCGUUAUUGGAGCGCCUGCGUUGGAAGUGCAGCAGAUCAUGGGCAAAUUCCUUGACAUUGGCUAUCAGGGAGGCCUAGUCCCCGCAUCGACCACAGGUAAAGAGGACGUCCCAGGCGCUACCCGUACCUUCAACUUCAGCGCUCCGGCUGGAGGUUACUAUCAGAUUACCGAAGAGUUGGUGAAGUACAAGACUGAUCCUGAUGGAUCUUUCAUCCAAGUCAACCAGCAGUCUCCCGAUACCCCAGUGGUUCACAUUCCCGGUGGGGGAUCGUACAUGGGCCAAUGGAGCAACAUCAUCGGUCAGCAGACACUGAUCGCGAACGAGACCACUGUGGCGUGGCGAAACUGGCGCUGUGAAACAGGAGAGACAUUCCCUGCUGCAUCUUCGCAUGACAAUGGCAUCGCCAAUGCCUCUGCAGUCAUCGCUGCUGCUGGCAAACACACCGGCAUCGAUAUUGCACCAUUCACUAUCUUCUACGAAGUCCGACAAGACUAA